UCUGUUGAGCAGAGAGGGGCGUCAGCCUUAGAGCUCUAGCUGUUGGUGCACCAAUCAGUCACAAAGAAGCUGCUUGGCCUGGAACACAGUGUCCCAUCCUUAGAUUAAAUGCGGCUCUAACAGGAUUAGGGAAGGAAGGCCUGCAGCUGUGUCCCCAGCCUGGAACCCGUCCAUUGAGUGAUGCUGCCAUCUGGUGGCGUCACGGGGGAAACCGCUCCGGGCAGAGCCCUUUGGUUUGGUGCAGGGGAAGAGCCCAGAACUGCAGUCCUUUCUUUACAAAGUGUGGGUGAGACUCGGAAUGAGGGAAGAAUACGGGGACAACACAGCAAGGGGAAGGGGGAACGACACCUCAGCACACUUUGGGAAAGUAAAGGACACAAGAAUUCAGAGCUGGGAAAAUUGAGCCGAGUCAUCCCAGCUGGCGACCCCCCCCCCUCCCCGAAACAGCGGAUAUCGGAGUAGCCCGGGACCCCACGCUCCAGCCGCACCUGCUGCACUUGACCACGUGACCGCCACAGUCCCAUGGACCAAACACAAAGAAGAAUCCUGGGCCAGCCCCUGCCGAUCCCCACCACCCAGCCUAAGAAGAAAAGGACGUCAAUGGUGUCUUUCUUUUCCAAGAUCUCUUGGACAGUGAGUCUCCAGAAGCAGGAGCCUCCGAAGAACGAGUUUUUCAUCUUGGCAGAAAGAGCCCAGGACCCCAAUGCUAAAAAGCGUCACAUGGCAAUGAGAGGCCUGGGAGCAAUGGCCUCUGAGACCCCUGACAAGGUGAAAAAAUAUAAGAAAAUUGUCCUAGACCUGCUGGUGCAUGGCCUGUAUGACCCUGUGAGUGCUGACGUCAUCCACGAGAGCAUGAAGACUCUGACCAUCCUCCUGGGCAAGAUCCAGGGGAAGAGCCUGGGCUCCUUCUUCAUAGACAUCACUCUCCAGGCCAGGACUUUACUAGAUGACGAGAAUGACAACCUGAGAUAUUCAGCCUUUGUCCUGUUUGGGCAAUUGGCAGACUUUGUUGGGCGGAAAUGGAAGAAAUUUUUCACCAGUCAGGUGAAGCAGACUCAAGAUUCCCUCCUGACACAUUUACAGGACAGAAAUCCCCAGGUGGCCAAGGCUUGCAAAACAACAUUUCGAGCCUGUUCUCCAUAUCUGAAAGAAAGAAAGGAAUACAGCUUCCAGAGUGAAGCAGAUCAAAGGAACCCUAAACUCUGCCGGCAGCUGAGCCACUAUCAUCCAGAGCUCCUGCAGUUCCUCUAUGCAAAUAGGAUUCUGUAAACACAGAGCAGCAGGGAAAUUGUUCCAGUGAGCACCUUGCAGGGGGCCGAGAGUCCCCCUCUUUUAACUCUUCUGGAUGCUUCUGCUUGCCUCUUGUGUUUGUAAUAGCAAACAGGAUGCUGGGAGAACAGAUGAUGGCAGUUGCGUGGACUUGUAUAAUUAUAUCCCAAGCAAAUUCUAAAUUGCUUCUAUAUAUAUCAUCUUCUCCCCAUACAAAUUUGAUGAGAAGGUACACACUUUGUUUAAAACAUUUAAAGUAUGUGUAGAUUCAGUGCUUAUUUCUCAGCCUUUUCCUUCUUAAGUUCAUCUCGGUCACCUCUCUUUUAUUUUUAAUGUUAUUUUUAAUUUCUGAGGCUUAGGAGAAUAUUAUUUGAAGUAUUUUUUUUUUUUUUUUAAAUCUGCUAUUGACACUUUGGUAUUGAUACCUUUUGUUGGCAAGAUCUAUUUAAAGUCGGCCAAGGGACCAAGAAGGGGGUUUAGAGGGUAUCUUUAGCUUCUCCUAAUCUUCAACAGUCAUUGCCUUUUAGAUCAUUCCAAACAUGAAUUAAUAAAGAGAAAAAAAUAUCUAUAAAGCACGGGGUUAAAAAAAACCCAUAGUAAUGUAUGGAAUGAUAAGGAACAUUUACUGAGAAUGUUUAUUGGACACUAAGCACUUUGCAAGUAUUAUUUACAGCCUAUGAGAAAAGUACUAUUAUUAUCUUCAUUUUAUAGGUGGGAAAACUAAGGCACGGGGAAAUUAAGUAGCUUGUCCAAGAUGACCCAGUGAAUGGAUGGAGCCAGAAUUCAAAUCUGUGUGGACGGACUUCUGGAACAUUUAAUUACAAUGUGAUUCUGCUUCAAUGUGGAAUAAUUGACAGAUGGUUAGAAAUGUAAAAAACAAAACAAAAACAUUAAAAAACUGCCUAGCUGCUGCUCUAUUUAACUCAGUUAACUUUUGCUUUUAUAUGUGCUAAGUACACAUUUUUAUUAAUUAAAUUUGUGAUCUGAGUAUGUAUUUGUAUUUGUCACCUCUUGGCUAAUUAGGUCAAUUUUGGUGACCAAUUCUAGUCCUAUGAGGGAUCACAUGGCUCUUGUAAAAAUUUCAGGAAAAAUCUCUUCAUCCCUCUGACCUUCUGUCCAACCAGUUUGCUUCCCAAGCUUCUCCUAUAGAAAUUCUGGUAUUACCACUGAACUUGGCAUUCAGACCAUACUGGACAAGUCUGGGAAAUGGAAACCAUAAGAGGGUAAUAAAGGCUGUAGAGGGAUCUUAAUGUCAUUCUGAAAACCAAGAACUCAAUCUUCUGCUCUAGCUCUCCAGAGACAGGGCCUUGUAACACAGAUGAGGGCUGAGUUGUCUCCUAGGAGAGACAAGGAUGUGGCAGAUGGCGGAAGGGGGAGUUGGAGCACGAAUGGGUUUUCUUUCUUCCUAUUUCGAAGCUGGGGUACAUGACCUGGGGAGCUCUUGGGAGUGACACAGGCUCAGGAGCAGGAGGGAUGGUUCUGAGCUGAGAGCCCUCUCCCUUCCCAGAUGUUGGCCUGUUUGAAACUAUGUUCCAAGGUCCGUUUAGAAUCUGAUGCCGUUCGAUUAAGUGAUCAAUAGUGGCUUGAGAACUGCACUUUGCUAGCAUGCAAAAAGGUGGAGGUAGAGUGAGGCAGGCAGGUUAUGUGCUGUAGAGCAGAAACAUCUAUGUACUUAAGGCCCGUUAGCUGAUUAAAAUUGUGGAAGAUGCUGUUGAGUUGACUUUAAGAUCUCUGGUAGACUGGUAACUCUGGUGGCCUCCAAAGAAUCAUGCCUCCUGAUAUUCAUGCCCUUGUGUAGACCGCUCCCCUUGAAUCUGGCCUGACUUUGUGACCCACUUUAACCACUAGAAUAUGCUGAAAAUACCACCGUGCCAAUUUUAAGCUACUUUUUAAGAGCUUCCUUUUUUGUGCUCCGGGUGAAGCCAGCUGCCAUGUAAGAUGUCAGAUUACCAGAAACAAAGAAGAAUGUCUGAGACCACCAUUUUGGAAGGAAAACCAAGCUAACCACAUGCAAUGCCUUGUGGAAGAGAGCUGAGGAACUCAACCUAUAAUGAAGUCUGAGGUCCAGAUGUACGAUACAAGUUGGCCGUUCCAGCCAGACCUCAGUUGUUCAAGCUACCCCAGCUGACACCCCGUGGCAAAGAGAUGAGCUAUCUCCAUGAAGCCCAUCCAAAAUUGCAGAAUCGUAAGCAGGUUAAUCAAAUCAAAUCAUUGUUGUUUUAAACCACUAAUUUUUGGGAUAGUUUAUUACUCAGCAAUAAGUAACCAAAAAAGAUUCCUUAUCAUUAAUUUGUCUUUUGGCCAGUUUCAUUUUGCUCUUAAUAAGUCCACUUUGAGUUUGAACUACAUUUCUAGAAGGUUAUCAUGGAGCUCUGUGGUGAGAGCAGGGAUACCUUGCUUUUGUACCGCAAGCCAUGCCUUGUUUUCCUUUUUGUAUCUCACCGAAUGUAUCAGCACCUAGCACGUAGCAGAUGAUCAAGAAAUAUUUGCUGAAUGACUAAAUAGUUCCAAAUUGUAGUGGGAAUAGAGUCCAGACUAGUUUGCUAUUCCGGGCUCUCAGCCAUGGGUUCACACUCUUCCUUUCCAGCUUUUUCUUCUGUUACUUUUUUGCUUUAGCCAAAUUUGGCUCCUCUCUCUUCCGUAAACACUUCUUAGUCUCUUAUACUCCUUUGCCUUUGCUCAGUCUGUUCCUUUUGCUUCGAAGUUCCUCCCUUGCCUAGCCAUGCACACACACACACACACACACACACACACACACUUCAUAUGUAUAACUUAUGCCUGCUCGAAGACUGAUCAAUGCCUGAUCCCCUCAAUCAGAUGUGAGUUCAGCUCACAUCUCUGAAAAAAUUCUAACAAUCUUAGGCCACUUAGCAUGUUUUAUCUCAUUUGCAAGGUUUUACCUACCUGCCUUAGACUGAAGCUGCUGAAGGAAGGAUCCUAUCUUGUAUAGCUUUGUAACUGUCACAUGACUUCAAAGGUACUCAGGAGGUGCCCAGUAAAUAAAUGUUGUUUGGGGAGAAAAAAGUCAGAAAGUCAUCCGAAGCUACUACUCCUUCAGAGAAGCCCAUCUUGACAAAUGAGGGCUGUCAUUUCUCUCCUCAUAACCAGACUGCAGGUUGCCUUUAUGCUCAUGUCCUUAAGGUAUCCCUUUUGCCAUAAGAUGCCUAUUAAUUUGCCAGUCUAGAGGUAAUGCUUUCGCAUUUCUUAUUUUUCAACACUAGAUAAAGAACAGUGAGUGAAUUAAAGAAAGAAAAGGAAUAUUCUCGGGCUAUCAUGCUAAGGGCUCGGGGUAGAGGUAAAUGCAUGAAACUUGGUCCCUGCUUUCAGAUUGUUCACAACAUGGGUCUUUCUUAAAGGGACAGAGAAGGGAGAGGAAGGACAAGGAAGUUGGGAAUCUCACAGGUGAUCGGUACUCAGUGUCAACAGAAUCCAGUGGAAUGCCAGUCCAUAGAGUAAUGAAUGCUUCAAAUACUAUAAAAAACACAAGCGUGUGUUUUAUAAAGAGAGGAGCAGCAGCUGUGUAGGACAGCUAGCAGAUAGUGCUAGAAAUAAGGCAGAUACAUAUCUCUGCUUUUCUGUGUUUUCCAAGCUUUCUGCAAUAAGCCAUGUAUUACUUUUGUAAUCCUAGAACACAUGCAAAAAUGCUGUUUAAAAUAAAAAUUAAAUGCCUG